CCUCACCGCUGAACCGCUCGCUCCACGCGGCUUGGAUUACAGCUAAGGGAAUAUUACACGCCUGAUCCGGCGGACACACGUUCACUCGCUGAGGAGACACUCACACAGCAGGGAUCAACAUGGGGAGUAGCAUGUCAUGCGUCCCUCAGCACAACUUCAGGUUCUCCAGCAAGAGUUUCAUACGCCGGAACAGCAGCCGACUGUUCCGAAAAAAGAACCCACAGGAGGGGCAGGAGAAGUCCAACAGUAUCAUCAACAUUCUCUGCACUGUUACCCCAAGAAAGGAAAUGUCACCUAAAGACCUUCAGGCCAUAGAGAACAUCAAAUGGGACCCUCCAUUCCCUUACGAUCCGGUCAGCGGCUGGAAAAAGAGCAGCAUCAACGUGAAGAACUAUGGCAGGAUGAUCCACAGCUCCAAAGUGCGCUUCAGAUUCGUCCACUGCCAGGAUGUGCACGACUGCUACCUGGACCUGUUCCAGACCCACCUUCAUUUUGUCUCUAACAACACCACUGGACUCACCUAUCAGGGCACACUUCCUCUGAAAGAGCUCACUCUUUCCAAAGUGAAAAACAGAAACAGCUUUGGAGAUGCACAAGACUUUGCAUUCCAAAUUAAUGGUGUCAGCCUGAACCCCAUUAUCGUCUACUGCUCAAACCAGGAGGAUAUGGACAACUGGUUUGGUCUCCUGAAAGAACACAUUGAGGCCAACGGCGGCACUGCAAUCACACCAGAGACACAUGGCAGGAUUAAGGUCCACAAAAUCGAACAGUCCGCACAGGGGAAAGAAGAGCUGAGGAACUCCAUCAGUAAAGAGCCCAUCUAUGAGUGGGAGGGGUCACAGCGAGAGAGUCUGGGCCCAAUCACCUACGUCACUAAAGCACGACUACAGCAUCUGCCCUGCCAGGAGCAGUAUGACAGGCUGCUGGUGAUGUACCCUACCAAUCUGAUUAUACUGUCUGAGGAAAGUGAUGGCCUCUUCUACAAGGGAAAACUUCCUUUGAACAUGAUAACAGUCACCACUCCAUGCCAGGACAUCAAGCCAAACACGUUUAUGAUUGAAGGCAAGCUGAUCAACCCCAUCGUUGUGUCAUGCCCAAACACAACCGAGUUCCGCGAGUGGAUCCAACACUUCAAAUCUGCGGACGUCCCCAUCCUGAGCCCUCCUCCUCCAGUCUAUGACAUCAUCUACACUCCGACUCAGAGAGAGGCUCCAGAGAUAGAUGUCAGAUGGAGCAGCAGUAGCCGCGGGGGUGCCGUCCCACUACAGAGGUCCCAGAGUGGACGGGGAUCUCGAGAGCUGCAGUUGCCCCGGGGCGAUGACAACCCUCUUUCCCCUGGUUACACCGAGCCCCUCUGUUACAUUUCCAGUAGACCCACCUCGACCGACACACAGUAUUCGGUGCGACUGGGCAGCAGGAGUAACAGCAUGUCAUCUCAGACUAGGCCUGUGCCCGACCUCAUGUCCCUGCGUUACUCAUCUCCUCAGCGUUCCUCAGUUCUGUCCAACAAUGAUCCCAUGUCUCCAAUUUACACCACUCCCUACAGCGCCAUGCACAACAACACCCCUGUGCAGCGUCUCGAGAAGGCCCCACUUAUCAAGUCCAACAGCUGGAGCAAUUCUCCAAACUCCAUCAAGUACCAGCUCUCUGUUCCCCACCGGCACUCAGACAUGCUGACCUCCCGCAAGCCUCUCUCUCCCCUAUACGACGACCCUACUACCCCUGGGAUGUACCCGCUGGACGAGGGAUCAGCGAAGGCAUCGCAUUCCUCAUGGGUCUCUAUGGAACAGCACUGCCCUCCUCUCCUCCCAGCUUCCUUCCGCCUGUGCACGCCUCCUCCAGGCCGCAGAAACAGAGGCAUCCAGUCCCAGGAGCCUGAGGGGGACAGCACGGAUCGGGCACUGGAGCAGCGAGUUCAGGCUGUGUCCAGGCUGAAGCUGCUAUCCGCUCCCAACACAGCACCACAGCACAACCACAUAGCACAGAGAGCUUUCCCAGGCCUGUCUGCUGCAGAGAUGCGGGCCAUGCCCUACAGUCACUCACCAGAUGACAACUCUUACCUCGAACCAGUGGAACCGGACGACCAGGAAAUAGACUAUGACAACAUUUGGGAGUAUGACUGCAGUAACGGGAUGAUUCAAGGCCUGCCUGGAAUUUCACCACACCGGACGCAGCCUGACUUCGCCGCUCGAGGCCUCAGCGCUAUGGCAACACAGCAGAGAUGGUCAUAAAGAGGAACAAUGGGCUUCCACCCGUCUGGACUUGUGCACAUAGCAGGAUAAUCUGUGCCUCACUGCACUCUCUCUCUCUCACACACACAUACACUGGCAUUGAGAAUGGGCUUUAUAUGAGGCCCAGUUCCCCCACUGUAUCUGAAUGAUCUCCCAGGGGAAACGUACAUGGGCUGACUAGGCUCAUGUAGGCACUGGAGCACUAAGCUCUUUUCUUUUCCCACAAGAGUCUCUGUACACCUUUAAAAUGUCAAUUCUUGUCUUUCCUUUCCUUUGUAAGUAGUUUUUUUUAUUCUAAUAAUAAUAUUUUAUUUAUUAGGAAAUAACUUAAGCCUUAAGCUUAACAUACAUUUCUGCAUCCUACGCUACAACUCAUUCAAAUGUGAGAAUUCAGACACCACUCGUCAUGCAGUCGUUUGUCAAAUGUAGUAUUUGUGCUUAUAAACCUUUAUGCUGCUGAAGAAAUAAGGGCUCUUUUUUGACACUACAGUUUCUAGUUUUCCAACUGUGUACAUAAUGUAAAUAAUUAUUUUUAUGGACUGUCUGAAAUGUUGUGUUUUUUGCACUGCUGUUUAUACUGUUAAUUAAUAUUUGUAAUAUUUAUAUAUUUAGUUAGCCACAGCAGCAAAUGCUGUUCUUUUGAUAGCCAUUCCAGCAACACAAAUAAAUCAGUGUUUGUUAUUUACAGUUUCCAAGAAAACACUGUCUGUGCAUAGGCAGGUUUGGUUUUAAACAUAUCACAUAAGCACAGACUUCGCAGUUAGGUAUGAAUGUUUGCCUUAUUACUUCAGUUUCGUGUGAUGUGGUAUUCUUACUGAAAAUAAAAAUUCAUUCUGUUUUUUGAUGAA